AUGCCCAUUGUCUAUUCAUUUGAGAAUGGUGACGCUCUGUCAAGCGGCCUCAACAGCUUUGUCGAGAAAGUUUCACGCGACGCUAUUGCUCAACACGGCCAUCUGUCCAUUGCCAUUUCUGGAGGAUCUCUGCCCAAGAUUUUGUCCAAGGACUUAGCCUACAACAAGAAUGUUGAAUUUGACAAGUGGCACAUCUUUUGGGCUGAUGAACGCUGCGUCUCUCACGACGAUUCCGAUUCCAAUUAUUUGGAGGUAAAGAAAUCUCUCCUGGAUCACAUCCCUCAAAUUCCUCAAGAAAACAUUUAUCCCAUCAAUCAAGCAUAUGCUGUUGCUAAAGAUGCUGAAAACGCGGCUAGUGAAUAUGAGCAACAGCUCAAGAAAUUUUUCAAGAACGAAUUGCCUCGCUUUGAUUUGCUCUUGCUGGGAAUGGGCCCAGAUGGCCAUUGUUGCUCCUUGUUCCCUGGUCAUCCCUUGUUGGAUGAGCAUACGCGUUGGGUCGCACCUAUUACUGACUCACCCAAGCCUCCUCCAGAGCGUAUCACACUGACAUAUCCCGUCGUCAAUAACUCCCGAUUGGUAGUCUUUGUUACUGCUGGUGACGGAAAGAAGGACAUGGUCCAACAAAUCAUUGAGCAGCCCGACAAGAACUUGCCCUGUCAACGCGUCAAGCCUGUUGGUAAGGUGUAUUGGUUCAUUGAUCACGCAGCUGCUGCAAAGUUGAGAAAAGAGUCUUGCUCAGAGUAUAAAUUGUAA